AUGCUCCCCAAGACAGAUGUUACAGGUACAAAAACGAAGCCCUUGAGACCUAUGGACCCGGGGCUUCGAUACAUCCAAGUAUCAGCUUUGCCCCUGAGCACACCGAUUAUUCAUUGUGCGCGGCCAUUUUCCGCUGAUACUAACAGACAUCGCAUGUCUCCUCUAGCCUUUCAUUCCUACCGACAUAGUACGCCUCCAUCCUCGCGGCAAGUACUCAACAUUUCUGCUCCAACGGCGUCUACAAAACCCGAUUUACCAUACUUUAUAGAUCCAUGCAUAGACCAAUAUGCCAAUUUAGAUUUGACAGAGCCGUCAAGCCCGCGCCCUUCAAGGACUCCGACUACAAGUGAGGAGCCGAUAAGAUACAAUACAUAUAUCCCACACCCUCGGUUCAGAGGCCCUAAUAAGCUAACUCAUAACAUCAGUGAACCCCGUGACCCUGUUUUAGGAGAGUCUGUACUUUUUAACGAGAUUAGUUUGGAGCGAGCACGGAUAAAUCCGGUAGUCAUAACUGGCACCUUUCCAUUCAAUGAAGAUUUGACAGUUUCUCAGUCCCUGCCAACACGAAUUCUAUCUGCUUCCACCUCCACUGCAGCAGCCCCAAGUCCAUAUAAAAAUUUAGCCACCGCGCGCUCUAUACCCAUCAUUACAUUCCCAAAGAAGGAGAAUAAGAGCGCCCACCUUGGUGCCUUUCUAGAUGUGCCUUUGCUGACAGUAGAGGCAAGCAUUUCUAAAGCUCCAAACCCCAAGAGUUAUAUAGAGCAGGAGAUGCUUGGCCUUAAACUAAGCCAUACUCCAGAUAUUCUCCACAAGGAACCUAUUAAUGAAGUGAUUCAACGACGACGUACCCAACUGAAAAAGACCGUCAUUGAGACAGUUAGUGACAUGAGUCUACACAAUGCAAAGUCGCCUCAUCUUGAUCAUCUAUCUAUCAACAGCGUCAGCAGCCCACAAGAGCAAUCCAUAAUCAAGGAGCAACGAGGGGGGAUUCCAUCACGCAUCACAAACGACACUAGGAGGUAUAGAAACGGGUAUAGCAGUCAACUAUCGCACCGCUCGUUCGCAACAGCUACAGAUAUAUAUAGUUCUGAGAGUCUUGCACCAGAAAUAUCGGUGGAUUCGCCACUAACUAAAAACCACAUCGAUACAGAGGAUGAUAUUAAAAUAUUCACCACUCGUGCUUCUCCGAUUAAUGAUGAGCUUUCCGGAUGUGUAAUUGACCAGAAGCAAGUGUCGAGUUCUUAUGAACCAAGUAGCGACACACGGCCAAAAACAUCUCCAAACAUCUGCUGUUUAUCUGUCAAGCCAUUAACUCAAACAAGUAACAUUGAUAAAUCGCAACGAGAAUUGUCUAGUAUGCUAGAAUUAUUAGAUAAUCGCAUGUAUCCGCAAAAAAGGCAGUGA